AUGUCAGAUAGACAAAAGGGCCUACUAAAUGCAGUGAAUGUUGUCUUUCCUAAGUGCAACCAAAGGUUCUGCCUUAGGCAUAUCUAUGCAAACUUCCAAAAUGCUGGGUUUAGGGGGGAAGAUCUGAAGAAGUGUAUGGAUAAUGCUGCCUAUGCAUAUAGUGAACACAAAUUUAACAUUGCAAUGAAUGACCUUAGAGCUGAAUGUCAGGAAGCUUGGGAGUGGCUUUGUCAAAUACCCAAGAAAACAUGGGCAAGGCAUGCAUUUGACACAAACUGCAAGACUGACCUUGUAGUUAACAAUUUGUCUGAGGUGUUCAACAAGUAUGUCCUAGAUGUUAGGAAGAAACCAAUUAGAACAAUGUGUGAUGGAAUAAAGGAUAAGCAGAUGAUGAGGUGGCAUAGGAAUAGGGAGAGUACAAAGACAGCUAGAUGGGACAUAACACCCCAUUAUAGUGAGAAGCUAGAGGCUGAGAAGGAGAGGGCCAAAUAUUGCAAACCAAUUCAAGUUGGUGUGAACUUGUGGCAGGUUACAAGUGGGCAGCAAACCCAUGUUGUUAACUUGCAAGUGCACACAUGUGGGUGCAGAAAAUGGGACCUCAGUGGCAUCCCAUGUAACCAUGCCAUCUCAGCAAUCAACAAGGGCAAAAGAAAACCAGAGGAUUAUGUCAGCAAGUUCUUCAAGAAAGAAUUUUAUGUGGCAGCUUAUGAACCAAUGAUCUAUCCAGUUCCUGGUGAGCAUGACUGGACAAAGACCCCUAGUCCAGACAUUGACCCACCUGCAUUUAAAGUGAAGAGAGGAAGAAAGAAAGAGAAGAGGAUCGAGGGGAAAUUUGAAGUUCCAAAGCCUAAGGACACAUCAAGAAUGGGGACUAUAACAUGUGGCAAUUGUGGACUGCAAGGACAUAGGUACACAAGCUGCCUCAAGCAGUUGAAGCCUGAGCUGGCUUUGAGGAAGAACAAACAUGUGCCUCUUGCAAGGAAUUCCAAUGGUGGUGGUGGUGCUACUACACCAGCAGCAAGAACCUCUCAUGCAGCUCCUACAACAACACCAAUAGCUGGAACAGGAGGUGCUGGGAGAGGAGCUGGGAGAGUAGCUGGGAGAGGUGCUGGGAGAGGUGCUGGGAGAGGUGUUGCACCAGGUGCUGCAAGAGGUGCUGGGAAAGGGAGAGGUGCAUUCUCUGAUCCAAGACAAUCUGGUCCCUCCACAUCUACUGCUCCCUCCACAUCUGCUGCUGGGAGAGGUGCUGGUGGUAGACAUAGUGGAUGUGGGAGGUACUUCUAUGCAAGUGGUAACUAG